AUGGACAACGAGGAGGGCGGCGUUGACGGAAAAAUUAUCCCGUAUAAGGAAACAAAUAUGGAGGACUCUGUUCCGACCCAGAGAGCAGUAUCUCCAGAACCCAGCUGUGUGUCUAUGAAGAGUAACAGCUCUAUGAUAAAACCUCCUGUCUUUAGUGAUGAAACAGUGACCUCUAACCUUAGAGUGCAGACACAGAGAGCAGCAUCUCCAGAUCCAAGCUAUGUGUCUAUGAAGAGUAACAGUUCUAUGAUUAAACCUCCUGUCUUCAGUGAUGAAACAGUGACCUCUGACCACAGACAGCAGACCCAGAGAGCAGCAUCUCCAAGAGCAGCAUCUCCAGUAACAAGCUGUGUGUCUAUGAAGAGUAACAGCUCUAUGAUCCUGAAACCUCCUGAGUUUAGUGAUGGAGUUGAAACCUCUAAUUUUAGGGAAGAGAAGGAGACUGGAGACCAGCAGAAUGAUUCUCAUCAUCCAGUAAAUUAUGUCCUUCAGAGAGUCAAAGACACUCACAAAACCAGCAUGAAGAAGAAGUAUGAGAGCCUAUAUGAGGGAAUCAAACUACAAGAAAAUCAAACCCUCCUGAACAGUAUUUACACACAGCUGUACAUCAUAGAGGGAGAGAGUGAAGGGGUGAAUCAAGAACAUGAGGUUUUACAGAUGGAGAAAACACCAAGGGCACAACCCUUACAAGACACUCAAAUCCACUGUAAUUACAUUUUUGAUCCCUUACCUGAACCAGUGUGUAAGGAGGAGAGAAAAGGUAAAAUAAAGACUGUUCUUACUAAAGGCAUCGCUGGAAUUGGGAAAACAGUCUCUGUGCAGAAGUUCAUUCUGGACUGGGCUGAAGAAGAAGCCAAUCAGGAUGUAAAUUUCAUGUUUGUGCUUACAUUUCGUGAGCUGAACUUGAUUAAAGAUGAGCAGUACUGUCUUCACAAACUUCUUAUGGACUUUCAUCCUGAACUUCAAGAUCUGGACUCAAAUGUAUUUGAUGAGUAUAAAGUUGUGUUCAUCUUUGAUGGUCUGGAUGAAAGCAAAAUUAAACUGCAGUUUUCAGACUGUGACAGAGUUUCUGAUGUGACUGAGACUUCAUCAGUGGGUGUGUUGUUGACAAACCUCUUCAAAGGAGAGCUGCUUCCCUCUUCUCUCAUCUGGAUCACCUCCAGACCAGCAGCAGCCAAUCAGAUCCCUUCUGAAUACAUCAACCGUCUGACAGAAAUCCAGGGAUUCACUGAUCCUCAGAAGGAGGAAUAUUUCAGGAAGAGAAUUAGUGAUGAGCAUCAAGCUAGCAGAAUCAUCUCACACAUCAGAAGAGCAAGAAGCCUUCACAUCAUGUGCCACAUACCAGUCUUCUGUUGGAUCUCAGCCACUGUGCUUCAAAACAUCCUGAAACAAGAUGACAGUACAGAAAUCCCUAAAACUCUGACUGAAAUGUACAUACACUUCCUGAUUAUUCAGACAAAUAUGAGAAAUCAGAAAUAUGAUGAGAGAGAAGAGAGAGAUUCAAAGAAACUCCUGCAGUCAAACAAAGAAAUGAUUCUAAAACUGGCUGAACUGGCUUUCAAACAGCUGCUCAGGGGAAAUAUCAUGUUCUAUGAGGAGGACCUGAGAGAGAGCGGCAUAGACAUCACUGAGGCCUCAGUGUAUUCUGGCAUUUGCACUGAGAUCUUUAAGGAGGAAUCUGUGAUUUAUCAGAGAAAAGUCUACUGCUUCUUACAUCUGACCUUUCAGGAGUUUCUUGCAGCCUUUUAUGUCUUUUACUGCUAUGUACAUAAUACUUCUGAGACCUUGAAAGUUUUCGAUUUGCUUCAUCAUUUGCAUAAAGGAGUACUGGAUAAAGCCCUAAAGAAUGAGAAUGGACGGAUGGAUCUUUUCCUCCGAUUCCUGCUGGGCAUCUCACUGGAGACCAAUCAGAGACUCCUACAGGGUCUACUGACACACACAGAGGACAGCUCGGAGAGCAUUAAGGAAACUAUAAAGUACAUUAAAAACAGAAUCAAAAAGUGGAAAAACACUUUCUCUUCCGAAAGAUCCAUCAAUCUGUUCCUCUGUCUGCUUGAAAUGAAUGAUCAGACUCUGUAUAGAGAGAUUCAGGAGUUUCUGAAAUCAGAGAAACACUCAGUGAAUAAACUCUCUCCUGCACAGUGUUCUACAAUAUCCUACAUACUUCAGAUAUCAGACGAGGUGCUGGAUGAGCUGGAUCUUAAAAAAUACAACACAUCAGAGGAGGGUAGAAGGAGACUGUUACCAGCUGUGAUGAACUGCAAAAAAGCUCUUUUUGCUGACUGCAAUGUCACUGAUCAGUCUUGUGAAAUUGUUGCCUCAGCUCUAAAAUCACUAAACUCUCCCAUGAGAGAGCUGGACCUGAGUAACAAUGACCUGCAGGAUUCAGGAGUGAAGCUGCUCUCUACUGGACUGAAGAGUUCAAACUGUAAACUGGAGAUACUGAGAUUAUCUGGCUGUAUGGUGACAGAGGAAGGCUGUUCUUAUCUGGCUUCAGCUCUGAGAUCAAACCCUUCACACCUGAUAGAGCUGGAUCUGAGCUACAAUCACCCAGGAGACUCUGGAGUGAAGCUGCUCUCUGCUCUAAAGGAGGAUCCACUCUAUAAACUGGAGAUACUCAAUUUGGAUCAUGGUGAACAUUUCAGAAUCCGACCAGGACUCAAAAAAUAUGCCUGUGAUCUCACACUGGAUCCAAACACCGCAAACAAUCAUCUCUCUCUGUCUGAGGGGAACAAAAAGGUGACGCGUAUGGAAGAGGAGCUGCCUUAUCCCGAUCACCCAGAGAGAUUUGACUGCUUUGAACAAGUUCUCUGUAGGGAGAGUAUGUCUGGACGCUUUUACUGGGAGGCUGAAUGGAAUGAGAGGGGCGCUGGUUUAUCAGUCACAUAUAAAGGAAUCAGGAGAACAGGAAGUGACUGUAGGUUUGGCCUCAAUGAAAUGUCCUGGAGUCUCAUCUGCUUUGAUAACAAAUACUCUACCUGGCACAGUAAUAACAGAACUAAUUUAACCACCCCUUCGCCCUCUUCUAACAGAGUAGGAGUGUAUUUGGAUUGGACAGCGGGCAUGCUAUCCUUCUACAGUGUCUCUGACCCACACACACUCAUUCACUUAGACACUUUCCACACCACAUUUUCUGAGCCCCUCUAUGCUGGAUUUAGGCUUUAUCCUGACACUUCACUUUUUCUAUGUCAGACUGAAGAGCAUAAUGUGAGGAACAACUGAGAUGGCAAAUUUUCUCUGUCUCACUGUUACAUCCUUAAAUGUGAUUUAUGUAUUUAUUGUAUUUAUUAGUCUUAUAUGCUUUGUUUGCUAGUUGUGUCAGUGUGUAUCUGGGUGUGUUGUUUGUUUUCUUGUCUUCUGUUCCCAUUCUGACCAGUUGGCUGUCUUCUCCACAUUUGCUCCAUCAGAUGCUUGUGUCUUAUAUAACCUUGUCAACUUAUUCAUAAUGCACAUUUUAUUUCUUAGACACUGAACAAUGAAAAUACUCACUGAAUAAUU